AUGCAGUCCCGGCUCCUGCUGCUCGGGGCGCCCGGCAGCCCCGGCGGCGCGGCCGCCCGGCGCGUGCGGCUGCUGCUGCGGCAGGUGGUGCGCGGCCGGCCGGGCGGCGACGGGCGGCCGGAGGUCAGAGUGCUGCACGCCGGCGCGGGGGCCGACACAGGUGACACGGUUAGUAUUGGAGAUGUAUCCUACAAGUUGAAAACUCCUAAGAGCCCGGAACUUGUGCCACAGAACUACAUUUCAGAUUCUCUGGCUCAGUCUGUAAUUCAGCAUCUCAGAUGGAUAAUGCAGAAGGAUCUUCUGGGGCAGGAUGUCUUUCUAAUAGGACCUCCUGGGCCUCUUCGACGCGCCGUUGCUAUGCAGUACCUGGAGCUGACCAAACGGGAAGUCGAAUACAUUGCCUUGUCAAGGGACACCACAGAAACUGAUCUCAAACAGCGUCGAGAAAUCCGUGCAGGCACGGCCUUUUACAUUGAUCAGUGUGCAGUUCGUGCAGCCACAGAAGGCAGAAUUCUCGUUUUGGAAGGCUUGGAAAAGGCGGAGAGGAAUGUUUUGCCUGUUUUGAACAACUUGCUGGAAAAUAGGGAGAUGCAGCUUGAAGAUGGACGCUUCCUAAUGUCUGCAGAGCGUUAUGACAAACUUCUCAAGGAUCAUACCAAAGCAGAACUGGAUGCGUGGAAGAUUGUUCGAGUUAGUGAAAAUUUCCGAGUGAUUGCUUUGGGCUUGCCAGUGCCUAGGUACUCUGGGAAUCCAUUAGACCCCCCUCUCCGUUCUCGAUUUCAAGCCAGAGAUAUUUAUUAUCUACCCUUCAAGGACCAACUUAAACUAUUAUAUUCUGUUGGAUCCAAUGUUUCUGCUGAAAAAGUUUCUCAGCUUUUGUCCUUUGCUACCACACUCUGUUCGCAAGAAUCUUCUACUCUAGGACUUCCAGAUUUUCCUUUAGAUAGUUUACCAGCUGCAGUUCAAAUCCUGAAUUCCUUUCCUAUGAUGUCAAUCAAACAUGCAAUUCACUGGCUUUACCCGUACACCAUUUUACUAGCACAGGAAGGGAAGAUGGCUGUGGAAGAUAUUUUAAAACGCUUUGAACUCCAAGAUUCAAGAAGCUCUUUGCUUCCUGAAGAGAUUGUGAGAGUGGAGAGGAUAACUGAAAACCAUAUCUCCCAAGCUUCUGUUACUGUCCGGAUUGCAGAAAAAGAGGUGACCAUUAAGGUGCCAGCUGGGACUAGGCCAUUUAGUCAACCUUAUGCAUCAGAACGUUUUAUACAGACUUCAAGCCAUAAACAACUACUGGCUGAAAUGAUGCAGUCUCAUAUGGUCAAGGACAUAUGUUUAAUUGGAGGCAAAGGUUGUGGAAAAACAGUCAUCGCUAAGAACUUUGCAGAUACCUUAGGAUACAACGUAGAACCUAUCAUGCUCUAUCAGGAUAUGACAGCUCGUGAUCUGCUACAGCAGAGAUACACUCUUCCCAACGGAGACACUGCCUGGCGGUCCUCGCCCCUUGUGAAUGCUGCUCUGGAGGGAAAGCUGGUCCUGUUGGAUGGCAUUCAUCGGGUCAACGCAGGCACACUCGCCGUGUUGCAAAGGUUGAUCCAUGAUCGAGAGCUAAGCCUCUAUGACGGCUCUAGGUUGCUGAGAGAAGACAGGUAUAUGCGUUUAAAAGAGGAGCUGCAGAUGUCUGAUGAGCAGCUACAGAAGAGAUCCAUUUUUCCUGUACACCCGUCCUUCAGAAUCAUUGCCUUGGCAGAGCCCCCUGUUAUUGGAAGCACAACACAGCAGUGGCUGGGGCCCGAAUUCUUAACCAUGUUCUUUUUCCAUUACAUGAGACCACUUGUCAAAAGUGAAGAAAUCCAAGUAAUUAAGGAAAUGGUACCAAAUAUUCCUCAGGAUGCUUUGGACAAAUUGUUAUCAUUUACACACAAACUCAGAGAGACAGAAGAUCCGACGGCACAGUCAUUGGCAGCAUCACUUUCUACCAGACAGUUGUUGCGAAUUUCUCGUCGGCUGUCACAGUACCCUAAUGAAAAUCUUCACAGUGCUGUCACUAAAGCCUGCCUUUCCAGGUUUUUACCAAGUCUUGCAAGGUCAGCAUUAGAAAAAAAUCUGGCAGAUGCUUCAAUUGAAAUAAGUUCUGAUGAUAAUCUAGAACCAGAACUGGAGAAUUACAAAUGUGAAAUAACAUCUGGCUCUCUGAGAAUUGGCGCUAUUAGUACACCAAUCCAUAAUGCCCACGAGAAAAUGAAAGUGCCCGAUGUUCUGUUCUACGACAACAUUCAGCAUAUGGUAGUGAUGGAAGAUAUGCUCAAAGACUUUCUUCUUGGAGAACAUCUGUUAUUGGUUGGUAACCAGGGUGUAGGAAAAAACAAGAUUGUUGACAGAUUCCUUCACCUGCUCAAUAGACCCCGAGAAUAUAUCCAGUUGCACAGGGACACUACGGUACAAACCCUUACUCUUCAGCCUUCUGUUAAAGAUGGACUUAUUGUGUAUGAAGACUCACCUUUGGUUAAAGCAGUAAAGUUGGGUCAUGUUCUGGUAGUAGAUGAGGCUGACAAGGCCCCAACAAAUGUCACCUGUAUUUUAAAAACUCUAGUGGAAAAUGGAGAAAUGAUUCUAGCAGAUGGAAGACGCAUUGUUGCAAAUUCUGCUAAUGUCCACGGAAGAGAAAAUGUUAUAGUGAUUCAUCCUGAUUUUAGGAUGAUUGUUCUGGCCAACAGACCUGGAUUUCCUUUCCUAGGCAAUGAUUUCUUCGGUACUUUAGGUGAUAUUUUUAGCUGCCAUGCAGUUGAUAAUCCCAAGCCCCACUCGGAGCUUGAGAUGCUCAGGCAAUAUGGACCAAAUGUACCAGAGCCCAUCCUUCAGAAGCUCGUGGCUGCCUUUGGAGAGCUGAGGAGUUUAGCUGACCAGGGGAUUAUUAGCUACCCUUAUUCUACCAGAGAAGUGGUCAACAUAGUCAAGCACUUACAGAAAUUUCCCACCGAAGGUCUCUCCAGUGUGGUUAGGAACGUGUUUGACUUUGAUUCCUACAACCCCGACAUGCGGGAGAUUUUAAUUAACACUUUGCACAAGUACGGGAUACCUAUUGGAGCAAAACCUACCAGUGUGCAGCUGGCGAAGGAGUUGCCUCUGCCAGAGCAGACAUUCAUGGGCUACUGGACUGUGGGCCAGUCAAGAGAUGGAAUGCAGAAACUGUUGUGUCCUGCAGAAACUCAUCACAUAGACAUAAAGGGUCCAGCACUUAUAAACAUACAGGAGUAUCCAAUAGAAAGACAUGACGGAAGAUCUCAAACCUUCACUGAAGAAUGUGCCUCCUGGAAGUUGCCAUUGGAUGAAAUUAACAUAAUCUGUGACAUCGCUACAUCCCAUGAAAAUGAGGAAUAUACUCUCUACGUAGUGACAUGCAAUCCUGUUUCCUUAUACUUCAUGAGUAUGGCUGGGAACACUGGCUACUUUGUGGACUUUUUUGACAUCUUCCCAAGAACGGCCAGUGGAGUUUGGCACCCAUUUGUGACAGUGGCACCCCUGGGAAGUCCCCUCAAUGGUCAAGUGGUUCUCCAUGAGCAGCAGAGUAACGUCAUCCUGUUGUUGGACACGGCUGGCCGAGCCGUCCGUCGUCUCAUCCUCUCUUCAGAAGUUACAUCUAAGAAACCUUCCUGGUGGAACAAGGAAGAAACUGAAACGUAUAAAAUGUGUAAAGAAUUUUCGCACAAAAACUGGCUAGUUUUCUACAAAGAAAAAGGGAGCCGCUUGACUGUGCUGGAUGUGCUGGAAGGGCGGACUCAUACCAUCUCACUUCCCAUCGACCUCAAGGCAGUUUACCUUGUAGCAGAGGACAAAUGGCUUCUGGUGGAGAACAAAACCAAUCAGAAAUACCUUUUAACUAAGCCCGCACACAUCGAGUCUGAGCAUAGUGGGGUUUGCCAGUUGUAUGUAUUGAAGGAGGAGCCGCCCAGCACAGGGUUUGGAGUUACAGCAGAAACAGCUUUCAGCAUACCUCAUAAAAUUUCAAGUGAGCAGCUGUCAUCCGAGAAUCUGAGUUCAGCUGUGGGACAAAAGAUUGCCUCUCCUAACCGAAUUCUCUCAGAUGAGAAUAGUUAUGCUACAGUCAUCGUUGGUUUCCCAGAUCUCAUGUCUCCCAGUGAAGUUUAUUCUUGGAAAAGGCCAUCAUCUUUGCAUAAACCAAGGGUCACUGAUACAGCAUUUUAUGGGGGGAAGAAGAAAAGUGGAAUUCCAAAACAGAGCAAUUGUGUGGCUCUUGUGGAUACUAAUCAGAUAGUCCGGAUUUUGCCCCCAGGAGAAGUCCCUCUAAAAGAAAUCUACCCAAAAGAUGUUACUCCUCCACUAACAUCUGGUUAUUUGGAAGUCACUGAUCUUCAAUCCAAAAAACUCCGAUAUAUCCCUAUUCCCAGAUCAGAAUUUCUCUCCCCAUAUACCUCGUGGAUAUCGACUAUUUCAGACACAGAUGCACUGCUAGCUGAGUGGGGCAGAGGCGGUGUUGUUACUAUUGAUAUGGGAGGUCAAAUCAGGCUUUGGGAAACUGGACUUGAACAUCUGCAUCGCUCACUCAUGGAAUGGAGAAACAUGAUUGGACAAGAUGACAGACAUAUGCAGAUAACCAUCGACAGAGACAGUGGUGAAGACGUGAGUUCUCCCAAACAUGGGAAGGAGGACCCUGACAACAUGCCCCACGUGGGCGGCAAUACUUGGGCUGGCGGAACAGGGGGAAGAGACACUGCAGGUCUGGGAGGCAAAGGAGGUCCUUACCGGCUGGACGCAGGCCACACAGUGUACCAGGUCUCUGAGGCUGAGAAGGACGCGGUUCCCGAGGAGGUGAAGAGAGCUGCGAGAGAGAUGGGCCAGAAAGCGUUUCGGCAGAGGCUGAAGGAGAUCCAAAUGAGUGAAUAUGAUGCCGCAACUUACGAAAGGUUUUCAGGCGCUGUCCGAAGGCAGGUGCACUCCCUCCGGAUCAUCCUGGAUAAUUUACAGGCUAGAGGUAAAGAAAGACAGUGGCUCAGACACCAAGCUACUGGGGAACUCGAUGACGCCAAGAUCAUUGAUGGGCUGACCGGAGAGAAAACCAUCUACCGACGCCGGGGUGAUCUGGAGCCGCAAGUGGGAAGCCCCCAGCAGAAACCCAAGCGUCUACGCCUGGUGGUGGAUGUGUCUGGCAGCAUGUACCGCUUUAACGGGGUGGACGGCCGGCUGGAGCGCUCCAUGGAGGCUGUGUGUAUGGUGAUGGAAGCCUUCGAGAACUAUGAAGAGAAGUUCAAGUAUGACAUCGCUGGACACUCUGGAGAUGACUACAACAUUGAUCUGGUUCCAAUGAACAAAAUCCCCAAGGACAACAAGCAAAGACUAGAAGUUCUGAAGACGAUGCAUGCCCAUGCUCAGUUCUGCAUGAGUGGGGACCACACUUUAGAGGGGACAAAGCAUGCCAUCCAGGAGAUUGUCAAAGAAGAAGCUGAUGAGUACUUCGUCAUCGUCUUGAGUGAUGCAAACCUAUCCCGAUAUGGGAUACAUCCUGCCAAGUUUGCCCAAAUCCUGACAAGCAACCCUCAAGUUAAUGCUUUUGCCAUCUUUAUCGGAUCUUUAGGUGAUCAAGCAGCCAGGCUUCAGAGAACUUUGCCCGCUGGCCGGUCUUUCAUUGCCAUGGAUACCAAGAAUAUCCCUCAGAUUUUGCAGCAGAUCUUCACCUCCACCAUGUUGUCCAGUAUUUAA